AAAGACAAAAGAUAGAGAACACGAAGCCUUGGUUUUUAAAAAAGCUUUUAAGCAUGGCUUUCCUCAAGUGCCUCCUUUCUGUUAAGAACGAGCUCAUCCUCUUCUUGGCUCCACUUAUUCUCCUGCCAUUGCCUCUGGUGAUCGGGACGUCGGAAGCAGAAUGUGCCUAUGUGAUCAUUCUGAUGGCGGUGUACUGGUGCACCGAAGUUCUUCCGCUGGCUGUGACGGCCCUGCUCCCAGCGCUCCUUUUCCCUUUGUUUGGCAUCAUGGAAUCCCAAAGUGUGUGCAUGCAGUACCUGAAGGACACAAACUUGUUGUUUGUGGGGGGUCUGAUGGUGGCCGUCGCCGUUGAGCACUGGAACCUGCACAAGCGUAUCGCUUUGAGGGUUCUUCUGCUAGUUGGUGUGCGUCCGGCACUGCUUAUGUUGGGUUUUAUGAGCGUGACGGCCUUCUUGUCCAUGUGGAUCAGUAACACAGCCACCACAGCCAUGAUGGUGCCCAUUGUCCAAGCAGUGCUGGAGGAGCUCAACAACAGCGAGGCACAGAUACCUCAGAUCCGGAGCUCUGAGGAAAACCAGAUAUCUGAUGUGGAUGGCAAGCAGCCUCCGCAGUCGGAGAAACAAGAUGAUGCAACCGGCCCUGUGAUUGUGACUUUCUUGGAUGCUUCGGUGGAGGUGACCAGGCAUAAGAAGGCAGCAGAAAGACUGAACAUGUGCAAAGGAAUGACCUUGUGCGUCUGUUACGCUGCUAGCAUUGGCGGCACUGCCACGCUGACUGGGACUGGUCCGAAUCUGGUGCUCAAGGGCCAAAUGAGCCAACUCUUCCCUGAAAAUGGUGACGUGAUUAAUUUUGCCUCCUGGUUUGGAUUCGCCUUCCCGAACAUGAUCCUCAUGCUCACACUGGCUUGGUUGUGGCUGCAGUUUGUCUUUGUUGGAUUCAACUUUAGAAAAACAUGGGGCUGUGGUGCUGUGAAUACAGAGAAGGAGAUCGCCGCCUACAAUGUGAUCCAAGAGCAGCAGCGUCUUUUGGGACCCAUGUCCUUUGGCGAGAUCAGUGUCCUGGGUCUCUUCAUUCUGUUGGUGGUCUUGUGGUUCACACGGGAUCCAGGCUUUGUGCAUGGCUGGGCAACAGACAUAUUUAACUCCAAAGCAGAGUAUGUUACGGAUGCUACUGUGGCGAUCUUCAUUGCCGUCCUUCUGUUUGUUCUUCCAUCUAAACCUCCACGUCUCUGUUCAUGGAGGACACAACGUUUUGACACAGUGUCCCAUCAAACUUCAAGCUCCACCCCUCGUCUGCUCAGCUGGAAAGUUGCCCAAAAGAAGUUACCGUGGGGAAUAGUGCUUCUUCUUGGAGGAGGCUUUGCUCUCGCCAAAGGGAGUGAGGUGUCGGGACUCUCCAGGUGGAUGGGAGAUCAAAUGACCCCCCUGCAAAGCAUCCCUCCCUGGGCGAUUGCUAUCAUCCUAUGCCUCCUGAUUGCAAUCUUCACAGAAUGCACCAGCAAUGUGGCCACUGCAACGCUCUUCCUGCCCAUCUUAGCCUCAAUGUCGCAGUCCAUUGGAAUGAACCCCCUGUAUGUCAUGGUGCCUUGUACUCUGAGUGCCUCCUUUGCCUUCAUGCUGCCCGUCGCCACCCCUCCCAACGCCAUAGUCUUCUCUUAUGGAUACCUCAAGGUUUCAGACAUGGCCAGGACGGGAAUAGUCAUGAACAUCAUUGGUAUACUUUGCAUCACUCUUGCCAUCAACACCUGGGGCCGGGCCAUGUUUCACCUAGACUCCUUCCCCACGUGGGCCAAUGUCACGGCGCCAUGAGGCUGUCCUCGUUCCCCUCCUUCAAGAAAGAUCUCUGGGCAGAGCCACGACACGGUCCAAACUGGUCUGCGCUGCUGAGACACCAAGUCUACCACCGUGUGUUUUUUACCCACAUCUGAGACAAGCUUAGGAGAGAAAGUGGUGACGAAUCGGAAGAGGGACAUGAUUUAAUUGCUAUUAACACAACCAAAAAUAAGGUCUCCUGCGGUAUCUUCCUAAACAGUACAGUAUGAACGAAAUUAACAGUGACAGCAAGCCACGACAGCCUGUUCUUAAAAAGCCUGCUGAUUAGGUUUCUAACAGCAAUAAUAGCACUAUUGUAGAUGCAUUUAUAUGGCAACAAUAGUUAUACUGAACGUGAGAAGGUGAGCUAUACGAAAAGAAACAUCUCAACCACAUGUUAAAUGCUGCUUAAUAAUAAUAAAAAGACAUUAAUAAUAAAUUUACAUAUAAAAUCUAAGAAGGUUCCUGAGGCUCAUCAUGUGUUUGUUUACGACAAAUUAAUUAAAUGCAGCUCCCCAUAAUUAAUUCUCCACCGCUAAUAUUGAAAAUGUAAUGUGCAACUCCACUGAAUUAAAUAUAUGAGGACGAUGUGGCAAAUGUUGUGUAUAUAGUGAUAUAUAUAGUGAAUAUAACAAAUAAAAACAUUCCCUUUAACCACACAUGUAACCCCUGUGAAGGGAUUCGGUACUUCCAGCAUCAUUUGAACUUUGCUUAUAUGGUUAAAACAAAAGACAUGUGCACAUGACUGGAAACACAUACUGGAAACAUUUGUUAAGAUCAAUCAAAUCAAUGCUGUAUGAGACAUUUGAGUCACACAAUGCAAUGAAAAAUGUCGAAACUGCUGUAUUUUUUUUAACAGUUGUAUUUAUAUAUUUUCUUAAGAUGUUUGUGUAUGUAAUAAAUAAAUUCCUUAUUUGUGUUGCACAUAUUCCUGGCAAAAAAACUUGAUUCUGACACUGAGAAGAUCUCCCAACAUGAAAAAUGUUCCUGCUUUUAGUGGUUUGACUUCUCAUCUACUGCUCUU